GCGAGGAACAUGGCAAACUGAGACAUUUGUUGGAAGAGCUGGAGUCUUCAAACAGUAAAAAAAAUGCAGAAAUUGAGUCAUUCAAGCUUCAGAAUUCUCAAAUGGAGUCACACACUGCUUCUACUGACAAUAUGUAUGAACGGAAAAUUUCAGAAUUGUUGAAUGAUGUUGCAGCAAGUGCUGCUGAAAAUGAAAAGUUGCGUUCAGAAAAGGAUGACACCUUCAAGAAGCAGGAAGAAAAAAUAGCUGAUCUCGAACAAAGGCUUGCCACUCAAGAUGUUAUAGUAAAUCGUUGUGAAGAAGAUGUCGAGAGGUUGAAGGCUAUUGCCCAUCAGGAUGGUGACACUGUUACAGCACUCCAGUUUGAAAUUGAAAAUCUCAAAGAAACCAAUGCCAAGCUGUCUAAGGAGAAUGCUGAACUAGUGGGUCACCAUAAUUAUAAACAGAAAAUUCAGUACCACGUCCAAUUGAAGGAACAGAAUACAGCAUUGCUACAUGAAAAUGCCAGACUGAAAGGAGAACUGGCAGUCAAGUUACCGAAGACACCAACAUCUCUUUUGAAAGAACAUCAUUUUAACAACAUCGUUUCAAAGAAAAACCAUCUAAAAACACCCAACAAACUUGACUUGUAACAUUGGAAAUGAAAUGUCACACUGAUUUUUCCUUUACAAGGAAAGCAAGGAAUGUUGAUUUUGUUUUCUUUUUUAUACUGUAACCUGAUCUUUGAUCUAGUGUACUUUUCCUCAUGUCAGUGGGCUGUCCAAACAUCCCAAUAGCUGAUUAUUUUGAUCCAUGUUCGAUGAAAAGCUUACUGUAACCUUCUUUCAAGACUGCAAAAUUCCAUAUACAUGCUGUUCAGUGAUCCUACGUUUCGGUCUACAUUUUAUUUUAUGUUACUUUUACUUCAAAAUAUCUAGUUUUCCCCACUUUUUUGUUUUACGUUGCCUGCAAAUUUCUGUAAAAGUGUGCAUAUUGCUUAGGUUAUUUACGAAGUCUGGGUUUUUGUUCGUAAAUGCAGGUGUUUAAGCAUUGUAAAUGUAUGUAGUUACACUCUUAUAAGACAGAAACAAGCUAUUCAAAUUCGUCUCUUAGUGUCUGAAAAAUAAGUAAGAAUUUUCAAAUUCAGUAUAAUUUUUGCUCUAUAAUACAUUAUGAAAAACGUGUUAUUUUAGUCCUACUGUUUCUGUAUUUUAAAUCCUACUUUUGGCUUACUUUUUCAUAAGGGUGUGCUGGACAGCCUGCAUAUAUUUUUCUCUGAUGUCACUGGCUUUCCCUAAUAACUAAAAUAAUUAGAAAACAUAUUUUAUUAUUUAGCUGCAGGAGGGUGGGAUGU